AUGAAGUCAAUUUCAUCCAGAAUUGUUAUUGUCGGAGGAGGAAUUGCAGGUGUUUCAUGUCUAGAUGGUCUUCAAGACUCUCCAGAUCUCCCGCAAAAUGCAAAACUGAUAUUUAUCUGUGGCAAAAGUGGGUAUAUCAAACGAGUGAAGGAUUAUGAAAAAGUAAGUUUAGGUCUCGCCACGAAAACAAUGAUUCCUGGAAAUUUUUUUAUUUUGGGUUGAACUUGACCUAUUUUCAGACAGGAAUAGUUAUGGAGAAAUUCGAUGUCACCACAGAGCCAGUCGCUUCGUUUUCCAAGGAUUAUGAAGAUGUCCAAGUUAUUGAGGAUAAUGUAAUUUCUUGGAAUCACAAUCGAAAAAUCUUGCAUUUGUCUUCGAACCAGCAGGUGGAAUAUGACAUAUUGGUGAUUGCUACCGGUGCCAAACCCAAAAGUUUGAAUUCAAUGAAAUCGGAGAGAAUUUUGACGAUUAGGGAUACGGAUACUGUAAGGAAUUUGACGGAGAAAUUGAAGUCAGCAGAGAGGGUGGCAAUUAUUGGAGAUGGCGGAAUUGGAAUGGAGUUGGCGUAAGUACAGUGAGGCACCUGAUCCAGUGGCAAAAAACGUGCCAUUUUGCAUCCGGGAAGUAUCAAAAAUGUGGCAAAAUACCUCCCUCUCCAAGUGAAAAAACUCCGAUUUCAAAAGCGGGCCCGCUCUUUGUGUGAGGGAAAGCAAAAUUGUAGUGAAGUAUGCAAAAAAAAAAUGAUACAGUUUUAAAAACGCUUUUUUCACUUGGAGAUGGAAGCGUUUUGCCACAUUUUUGAUACUUCCCGGAUGCAAAAUGGCACGUUUUUUCCACUGGAUCCCCUACUGUACGCGAAUUAAAAAAGAAAAAUUGAUUUUUUUUUAGUUACGAACUAAAAUCCUAUCAAUUGACAUGGAUUUUAAAAGAAGUCUCGAUGGGCUCAAUGUUUUUUGAUGUCCAAGUUGCCCUCGAAAUGGAGAAGCAUUUCCAGACUGGCCGAAAAGAUGGCGACUCCAAAAACGAAGCCAAGUAUCAGAAAUUCACGGCCGAAGACCAUGCACAAUUGAAGGACAAUGUUCUUGGCUGUUCUCUGGGUCCAUUUUGGCUCGGAAAAUUGGGACAAGAACCGUCGACCAGUCGAUCAUUAGAGGUUCUAAGGGGAGUCAGAGUAAUGCAGUAUAAUGUCAGAGAUGAGGAGGUGGAAUUGGAACUGAGCAAUGGCGAGAAAAUCGCGGUCGAUUUGGUGGUGGAAGCGAUGGGAGUUUGGCCGAACUCGGAUUUGUGGAAACAAAAUUGUAGUGAAGUAAGCAAAAAAAUUACAGUUUUUUACCGACAGAUUUACUAGUGAAACGGAUACAGUGGGGGACCUGAUCCAGCGGCAAAAAACCUACCAUUUUGCAUCCGGGAAGUAUCAAAAAUGUGGCAAAAUGCUUCCCUCUCCAUGUGAAAAAACUUCGUUUUGAGGGGCGUCUCUCAAAAAGAGCGGGCGCGGUUUUGAAAUCUGAGUUUUUUCACUUGGAGAGGGAGGUAUUUUGCCACAUUUUUGAUACUUCCCGGAUGCAAAAUGGUACGUUUUUUGCCAUUGGUUCAGGUCCCUCACUGUAUCUUUUGUGAUAAGAAAAGUCAUCAGCAGGGUGAAAAAAAAUUCAAGGAAUUGGGGGCAACUUUAGAAGAACAUUUUGCCAGGCAUGGCACAUGAUGCUUCCUGGAUGCAAAAUGGUGCGCUUUUUGCCACUGGAUCAUGUUUGAAAAAACUGUAAGGUUUUUUCAUACAGUGGCGGGCCUGAUCCAUUGGUAAAAAACGUACCAUUUUGCAUCCGGGAAGUAUCAAAAAUGUGGCAAAAUACCUCCCUCUCCAAGUGAAAAAACUCCGACUUCAAAAUUUCGCUCUUUUCGUGAGGGGAAGACCUUUAAAAAGGAGUUGUUUUAGUUGUAGAGGGAGGUAUUUUGCCACAUUUUGGAUACUUCCCGUAUGCAAAAUGCUACGUUUUUUGCCACUGGAUCAGGUCUCCCACUGUAUUUUUGUUCGGUUUUAGUUAAAAAUUUCUGAAGACGGUGGAAUAAUCGUCAACGAGUGUAUGAUGACAACAAUCCCGAAUGUUUACGCUUGUGGUGAUGUCUGCACUGUGCAAUGGAAAUCAACCUCUCAUUUGUGGCGACAGGUGAGGGAAAAGUUGAUUUUUUUGAUGGCCAUGCUCGAUUAUGCUAUAAAAUUUUGGCCGAAAAAUAAUUUUUGGCUCUGCCGAAGUUGUUUUAUGUGAAAAAAGAGCCAAAAGGAAUCAAAGAGAACCUAAAUUUGUUAUCAAAAGGUAUCCUUGAGACAUAAAAAGACUUUUCUCUUUGAAGAGAGAGCAGUUUAUAUUUUCAUAAGACCCUUUGAGACUCGAAAAACUUUUCAAAAGGCUUUCCAGCAACAAUUUGAAUCCAAAAACAAAAAAAAUUGCUGAUUUCCAAUAAAUGAGUUGCUGGAGUAUCCUUUGAAACGUUUUUUGAGUCUCAAAAGGUCUUGUGAAAAUACGAAUUUCUCUCUUUUCAAAGAGAAACGUCUUAUUUAUGUCUCACGGAUACCUUUUGAUACCAAAUUUAGGUUCUCUUUGAUUCCUUUUGGCUCUUUUUUCAAAUAAAAAGGACUUUAUUAAAGCAAAAAUUAUUUUUCAACCAAAAUUUUAUAGCAUAGUCUAGCAUGGCCAUCAACUUAACUCCCUUUUUCCGAUUUUUUACUGGAAAGGCCCCGUGUAAUGCAUCGAAAGACUUUUGUUAGCAAUUUCUAAGUUUGUAGACAGCAAUUUCUAUUUUUAGAUGCGUCUCUGGACCCAAGCCCGGCAAUUUGGCCAUUUUACAGCCAGAAAUAUCUUGGACCCGCAGGCCGAAUUAGACCCCUGUUUCGAAAUGUUCGCCCACACAACGACUUUUGCUGGCCAAAAAGUUGUUCUGCUCGGGGAUUUUGACUCCAAAAAUGGAGAUGUGGAACUUGAUUAUGUGAAUGAAACGAUAGUUCGAAUCGUAAUCAGAGAGAACAAAGUGGUUGGAGCAUGUUUGAUUGGAGAGUCGGACUGCGCCGAGAUGUUUGAACAACUCAUUUUGACCGAACUGGACGUCUCCAAUUGCCCCAGACCCCUUUCCAAUCAGUAUGGCGAUAUUGUGGAUUAUUUUGAUUAG